AUGAACGAACAUCAAAGUAAUCAAGUUGAAUCAAUAGAUGUUACUGAUCCUCAAUGUGAUACACAAGUUACAACAAGAAAUUCUAAUGAAAAUUCAUCAUUAUUAACAAAAACAAUUAUUGAAGAUAAACCACCUACACUUGGUGAAUAUACUAUAACAGAACGUGAUGAUAAACCAUCUUUAUUAGAAGUAUUUCGUCAUCAUGUGAAAUCAUAUAAUGGUAGUGAUGAUGCUCGUUUAUGGUUAAAACAUAUUCAAUCGAAAUUUAUGGAAUUUAAUUUAACAUUUGAUGAACGAUUCGAGCUUAUUCCAUAUUUUUUUGAAGAUGAUGUUUUUAUUUGGUAUACAUUAAAUCAAGAUAAAUUUCAAUCGUAUGCACAUUUAUGUCAGUUGUUUAUACAAGAAUAUAUUAAAUUUAAUCGUGAACAAAUUCCUGCUCGUGUUAUUAAUGCUCAUCGUGAACAAACUCCUAAUCAUGUUAUUAAUGCUCAUCGUGAACAAAUUCCUGAUCGUGUUGUUAAUAAUAAUGGUGAACAAAUAAAUGAAUCGUCAGCAUUACAUCCACUUGUUGUUGUUAAUGCUAAUCGUGAACAAAUAAAUGAUUUAUCAAAAACAAUUGCUAAAGCGUUGAUCGACAAAUUCAUUAAAGAUCCAUUAAAAUUUUAUGGUGGUAAAGACAACGUGACAACAUGGAUUGAUGAAAUUGAACAACAAUUUAAUAUAAUGCAUUUAAAUGAUAAUGAAAAAUUAAAAUUAAUUCAUAUAUGUCUUGCUGGUGAAGCUUUACAAUGGUACAAACAACACAACUUUACAUGCUGGACCAUAUUUAUUGAUGAAAUACGCAAAUCAUUUACAUCAAAUUUACAACGUGAUAUGGCUUUUGAUAAACUUAAAAAGUAUCAUCAAACAAUUCAUCAAUCAACAACACAAUAUUAUAUCGAAAUGAUGAAGAUAAUGAAACAAGCUGAUCCACAUAUGAAUGAAUCAACACAAGUUCGAUAUCUUAUGAAUGGUCUUCGUCAAUCUUUAUCUACUGAAACUCGAAGAAAUUAUCCUGCAAAUCCAGAAGCAUUUUUAGCACAAGCAAAAAUAGCUGAAGAACUUACUGCAUUAAAUAAUGUAUUUUCUAGCAGUUCAAUUAAUAAUAAUGAAUUAACAGCAUCAAAUUCUUAUUCAAAUAUUAAUGGUUCAACAACAAAAAAUCAAUUUAAUGAUUCUCGUCGUGAUGCAAAUGAUAAAAAUCAUUAUUAUAAUAAUAAUACUAAUUAUUCUCCUCAUAAUGAUAAUAAUCAACAUGGUUAUUUGAAUCAAAUUUCAAAAUCUUCAUUUUUUAAUUCAUCUCGUCAAGUAAAUGCUGUUAAAUCACCACAAAAAAUUCCAUCAUCAUCAUAUAAUUAUAAUAAUAAUUAUAAUACACAUAAAAAUAAUCGUUUUCAACAACAAUCUCAAUCAUAUAAAUGUUGUUUUAAUUGUGGUUCAGCAACUCAUUUAGCACGUUAUUGUCACCAUUUCGGAAAUCGAAGUCAAUGA